AGAUACAUUCCUACGAAUUUCGACAUUUCUGAUCGAAUUUAUACUUGUGAAAAAAGAUGUAACAUUUGUCAUCCGCAAGUCCCUGCAUUUCUCAGUAAAACCCUAGUGCAAAAUGAUGAACCCAGUUAUUUGUUGACCAAUUUCUGAAAGUUGGCUGAUUGUUGUUUUUUUAGAAUAGGAAGAAGGAAAUAGAGAUGAGUCAACCAUCGGUGGUGCUAGCAACAGCUAGUUAUGAUCACACUAUUAAGUUUUGGGAGGCCAAAAGUGCCCGCUGCUAUCGAACUAUCCAAUACCCUGAAUCUCAAGUUAAUCGUCUUGAAAUUACUCCGGAUAAACGCUUCCUGGCUGCUGCUGGAAAUCCUCACAUUCGAUUAUUUGACAUCAACUCUAACAGUCCUCAGCCGCUAAGGAGCUUUGAUUCACACACUAAUAAUGUGAUGGCAGUAGGAUUUCAGUGUGAUGGAAAUUGGAUGUAUUCUGGAUCUGAAGAUGGCACUGUAAAGAUUUGGGAUUUGAGGGCGCCAGGUUGUCAGAGGGAAUAUGAAAGUCGGGCAGCUGUGAACACUGUAGUUUUGCACCCUAAUCAGACUGAGUUGAUAUCUGGAGACCAAAAUGGCAAUAUCCGUGUGUGGGAUUUGAGAGCAAAUUCAUGUAGCUGUGAGUUGGUACCGGAGGUGGAUACAGCUGUUCGAUCUUUGACUAUAAUGUGGGAUGGAAGCUUAAUUGUUGCUGCAAACAAUCGAGGAACAUGUUAUGUUUGGCGUUUGUUACGUGGUACCGAGACAAUGACCAACUUUGAGCCUCUGCAUAAGUUACAGGCUCAUGAUGGUUAUAUCCUCAAAUGUCUUCUUUCGCCUGAGUUAUGCGAACCUAACAGGUAUUUGGCCACUGCAUCUUCUGAUCAUACUGUCAAGAUUUGGAAUGUGGAUGGCUUUACCUUGGAGAAAACUCUGAUAGGACAUGAACGCUGGGUUUGGGACUGUGUAUUCUCUGUCGAUGGUGCUUUUCUCAUCACAGCAUCUUCUGAUACAACAGCAAGAUUAUGGUCCACAUCUACUGGCAAAGACAUCAAAGUAUACCAAGGGCAUCAUAAAGCAACAGUAUGCUGUGCUCUACAUGACGGGCCUGAACCUUCUAGCUGAACCUGGAGCAUGCUUGUUCGUCUUACAUUCGGACAAAUCCUUUUAUGAACAUUAUAGAUGGCCCGAGGGCAUUUAGUUAGUGGUAAGACCCUGCAGCGUGUGAUGUGUUGGUUUGAUGCAGUGCACGUGUUCGAGCCUUGAUGCAUACAACAACCUGGUAUUUAAGUGGAGAAGGGUAGAUGAAUGGUAUGAUUAUCCACUGAAAUCGUGCCAGUUUACCCUCGAGGAUUUCCCGGUUAUCAAAAAUAUUUUUAAAUGUAAUUUGGACGUUUAAUGUGGUGUUGUACGGGAUAUUCAGUUUAUCCUGUUCUCUAGGCAUUUGGUGUACAGAAGUGGCAUUCUACCAUUAGUUUACUUCCAUGGUUUCAUGGCAUCCCUUGACAUUGUAUGCUUGUACAUGUCCUGAUCUCUUUCGUCAUAAAUUUUAGCGUUUAACAAAA